AUUUUAAAUGGUUUUUUAUAUGGUUAACUAUCAGCUAAACAAAUUAGUAGUCUCUCUUUCCUUCUGGUUUCUCUUCUAUUUCUAAUUUCCUCUGAGAAAACGAAGGUUUUUAAAAAUGGCGGAAUCGGUGGAGCUGCCAGGUCGUUUAGCGAUUCUUCCGUUCAGAAACAAAGUUUUAUUGCCUGGUGCCUUUAUUCGGAUUCGCUGCACUUCACAUAGCAGGUUUCCUUUUCUUUUUGUUCUCUUUUGGUGCAGUGUGAAAUUGGUGGAGCAAGAGUUAUGGCAGCGAGAAGAGAAAGGAUUAAUUGGGAUUCUUCCAGUGCGAGAUGCUGCUGAGAUGACUUCAAUGGAUUCUGUGUUAUCUCAAGGUGUAGGAAGUGAAUCUGGAGAGCGGAGCUCAAAAGUUCAGAUUAGCACAUCAGAUAAUCACAAGGUUGAUGGGAAAAGCCACCCUGAAGUUAUUCAUUGGCAUAAAAGGGGUGUGGCUGCACGUGCUUUGCAUCUGUCAAGAGGAGUGGAGAAACCGAGUGGGAGGGUCACGUACAUUGUGGUCCUUGAAGGUUUAUGCAGAUUCAAUGUAGAGGAACUUAGCACACGAGGACCUUACUGCACUGCAAAGAUAUCUUCACUUGAGAUGACUAAGGCUGAGAUGGAGCAAGUGGAACAAGAUCCAGAUUUUGUAACAUUGUCUCGACAAUUCAAAGCAACUGCUAUGGAGCUUAUUUCUCUUCUUGAGCAGAAACAAAAAACUGGUGGAAGGAUAAAAGUUCUUUUGGAGACACUUCCUCUUCACAAAUUGGCUGAUAUAUUUGUUGCUAGCUUUGAGAUGAGUCUUGAAGAGCAGCUCUCUAUGUUGGAUUCUGUUGAUCCUAAAGUAAGGCUUUCAAAAGCUACUGAGUUAGUUGACAGGCAUCUACAGUCAAUACGUGUAGCAGAGAAGAUUACACAAAAGGUUGAAGGGCAAUUGUCAAAAUCACAGAAGGAGUUUCUUUUGCGACAACAGAUGAGGGCCAUAAAAGAGGAGCUUGGAGACAAUGAUGAUGAUGAGGAUGAUUUGGCUGCCUUGGAAAGAAAGAUGCAGAGUGCGGGGAUGCCUUCAAAUAUCUGGAAGCAUGCACAGAGGGAGUUGAGGAGGCUUAAGAAAAUGCAACCGCAACAACCUGGAUACAAUAGUUCACGUGUCUACUUGGAGCUUCUUGCUGAUCUGCCUUGGCAAAAGGCCAGUGAAGAACAGGAAUUGGACCUGAAGGCAGCAAAAGACCGUCUGGACUGUGACCAUUACGGUUUAGCCAAGGUCAAGCAACGGAUAAUCGAAUAUCUGGCUGUUCGGAAGCUUAAGCCAGAUGCAAGGGGUCCAGUUCUGUGCUUUGUUGGCCCACCAGGUGUUGGGAAAACAUCAUUAGCAUCAUCGAUCGCUGCUGCUUUGGGAAGAAAAUUUGUGCGCAUAUCUUUGGGUGGUGUCAAGGAUGAGGCUGAUAUCCGAGGGCAUAGGAGAACAUAUAUUGGAAGUAUGCCUGGGCGUCUUAUUGAUGGGUUAAAGAGAGUAGGUGUUUGCAACCCAGUCAUGCUAUUGGACGAGAUUGACAAGACAGGUUCUGAUGUGCGUGGUGAUCCAGCUUCAGCUCUACUGGAGGUUCUUGAUCCGGAGCAGAAUAAAUCUUUCAACGAUCACUAUUUAAAUGUGCCAUAUGACCUUUCAAAGGUGAUUUUUGUGGCUACUGCAAAUAGGGUGCAGCCUAUUCCUCCUCCACUCUUGGACAGGAUGGAAGUCAUUGAGCUGCCUGGAUAUACAGCUGAAGAAAAGCUAAGAAUAGCCAUGCAACAUUUGAUUCCACGAGUUUUGGAUCAGCAUGGAUUGAAUUCUGAGUACCUUCAAAUUCCGGAGGCCAUGGUUAAACUUGUUAUACAGAGGUACACCAGGGAAGCUGGUGUCCGGAAUCUCGAGAGGAACUGGGCUGCUUUGGCUCGCGCUGCUGCUGUAAGAGUUGCUGAGCAAGACCAGGCUGUCUCAGUUAGCAAAGAUGUUCAUAAGCUAGCUUCUCCUCUGCUGGAUAACAGGCUUGCUGAGGGAGCUGAGAUGGAAAUGGAAGUCCUUCCAAUGGGUGUGAAUAAUAAUGAGAUAUCAACUGCAUUCAAAAUUUCCUCACGUUUAGUUGUUGAUGAGGCUAUGCUGGAAAAAAUAUUGGGCCCUCCUAGGUUUGAUGACCGAGAAGCUGCAGAUCGUGUUGCCACUCCCGGAGUAUCUGUUGGGCUUGUUUGGACCAAUUUCGGAGGAGAGGUUCAGUUUGUGGAGGCUACGGCAAUGAUUGGAAAUGGUGAACUACAUCUUACUGGGCAACUUGGUGAUGUUAUUAAAGAAUCUGCUAAAAUAGCAUUGACAUGGGUGAGAGCCAGGGCAGCAGAUCUUAAGUUGGCACCUGCAGAGGAAAAAAAUGUGCUGCAGGGUAGAGAUAUUCAUAUACAUUUUCCAGCUGGGGCUGUACCAAAGGAUGGGCCAUCAGCCGGUGUGACGCUUGUAACGGCACUGGUUUCUUUGUUUAGUCAGAAAUGUGUAAGAGCCGAUACCGCAAUGACUGGAGAAAUGACACUGAGAGGUCUUGUGUUACCUGUCGGUGGUAUUAAGGAUAAGAUACUAGCAGCACACCGUCAUGGUAUCAAGAGAGUUAUUCUACCAGAGAGAAAUCUAAAGGACUUAGUUGAAGUACCUGCGUCUGUGCUUUCCAACCUAGAGAUUCUGCUGGCCAAGCGAAUGGAAGAUGUGUUGGAGCAGGCGUUUGAUGGGGUAUCCCCAUGGAGACAACUCUCAAAAUUAUGACAAAGCCGCUUCAAGCAUGUCUCUGGUGACCAAAUUGUUUGUCUGGGGCUUUGUCUUUUCUCACAGAUUCCAAUUAUUUAUAUACAGUCUUGUUUGGAAACAAAGCUCAGCUGUCAUGGACCUUUUGCAAAUAAGGCUUAUAUACCUCUGUUGGGAAGCUUCGGGUGGAAAUUGCUGGUAUGUGUUUCCCUUUUCCUUUUCUUUUAACACACUGAAUUUCGGAGGCCUGCAUACAAUUCCCCUUGUAAUAUGUUCUCGUUUACCUUCAUUUUCCUUCCUGUAUAAUUUAAUAACAUUAUAGUCUUACGUGUUUAAGAUUUAUGUGUAAAUAAGAUUACAUAUACUCUUUAUAAACCAAGGAUGAGAUGUGAUUAUGAUAAUGAAAGCAGGCAAGGUAACCUAACAUUUCAUUACUUAUUUCCCAAAACCAAACCUCAUAAACUGAUUGGUUCCUGUUAUUUGGGAUCAUCAGACCAGCCUCUUCUAUUGUAUGAAAGCAUAAAACAAGGAUAGGAUCAUUUUUUUAAUCAAUUUUGAUGAAGUCGGCAUAUAAAAAAGUUGAUGCACAAAUCGGAAAGCAAUACGGGGAGUGAGCUGCUUUGAUUAUGUACAGAAGUAUUAGCCUGUAAUACCAGAGUUGAGUGCACUGUGAACGUCAACGCCUAUUUGGGCUUCAGCUUUCUCCAUAUCAGUAGUGGCUGAGCCAAGCUUUUGGGUGAACUCAGCCAGACUCAAUGCGGUGGAGUGGCACUGCCUCCACGGUAAUAAUAUCAGCAACAUAGUUGGUGGCACUGCUGAGCAAAUAUUUUGUUACAUCCUUCACUUCAUGCACCGACAAGACAUCAGGUUUGAGUUCAGCAAUUGUAGGUACAUGCCUAGGCAAAACACCCAUAUGCCCAGUUGUUGCAGGAACUAUAACCAUGUCGACCUGAUAAAAUAGAUGCACCGUAAGUCACAAAUUUAUUAAUAUGAUGUCUCCCACAUUGAAAUUUUAUUCAAACACCCCAAAUUGUAUAUAUAUUACAUACAAAAGUGGCUCAUAAAUUGGCAGGCACUGUAAUGAUAUAUGGCAGAACAAAGAAGAGAUAGACAUUCCCAAGCCAUAAGUCAUAGCCAUUGCAACAAAUAACUAAUAUGAUAAGAUAGACCAUGAUUCACUUCUUAUGAAUUAGUAUAAUAACUUUGCUAAAGCAUGGAUAUUGGUCCGAUAAGAAAGAAAUUGGUAUACGGUAAAAGAGGAAAUGAACUUAAAUUGAUAAGCAAUGAACUAAUGUUUGAAAAAAAUUGCAUAAUUGGUAAAUACUUAUAAGAUUGCUAAUAUAGGAAGUAAAUGACCAUUAUUAGUUUAAGCUAUAACUCAAGUAUUUGAUCAAUAUAAUUAAAAUAUACCAUAAAUCAAUCAAAACUAAAUUCAACCAAAACCCUGACGACAAAUACAUAGCCAUUAAUCGCACUACGAAGAUCUAAGCGAACCCCUUUUUUUUUACAAAAAGAUCAAAAGCAAACCUCUUUUGCGGGGCAAGGGGUGAAGAAAGCAGAUGAAGUCUUGGGAGAGUCCAAUUUGGGUAUAACUUUGCUCCAUGAUUCAAUGAAGUUGGAAUCUUGCAGGUACGUGUGCGUAGAAAGCUCGACGCUUGCCGGAACAUGGUCAGACGCUUUCUUUUGGUGGCGGUGGAUCCUACUAGGUUUUUACUGAUGUUCUGUUCACUUCUUUGUUUUCUAUUUUACCCUUCUGUUCUCCGCCUUCACUUAUAUAUACAUAUUUUAUUUUCCAAUUACAGUAGAUUGUCUUAACAAUUCGACAGACAAUACAUGUAUUAAAUAAAAAUUCAAUAAAAAAAUAUGCUGAUUUGAACGACAA